ACCGGUAGUUCGUACACUGCUCGUCCUAACUCCGUCCACUCCCCGCCGCGACGUCAGUCCUCCUCUGCGCACGCAAGCAACAUCACCAGUACCGUCGCCACCGCCCUUUUGCCACUUGCCCGCACACCACGUCAACCGCGGGCGUCAAAAGCUGGCAGACCUCCUUAUCUCUCCCCCAAAUCGAUGCCGGAGAAGCUGCCUAACGCCGCACCAAGCAGCAGGAAGAGGAAGCAGGCACCGUCGUCAACAUCGUCGAUGCAAGAGCUCCCAAAUUCUUCGUCAUCCAACAGCACUCCUCCGUACCAACAGCCGCAGCAAAGCACAAUUACCGACCACUUCUCGCCCCGGGGUCAACGGGAGCAGCUGUCGUCCGCCAAUAUCCUGCCGCCGGUGAAACGCUCAAAAUCUUCGGGAUCGUCCUCCGACUCGGUCAAGAAAGAGAAGCAGAAAGGAAAUAUGAGGCCCGUCACUGAAGCCACCAUGAUGGAUUUCGGUACCGCGAUAGCACCUGUCGACCUCACUAGUUCGUCGCCCAUCGCCUCUCCCGUGAGACCGGCUGGGCCUCCGCCAGCUGCUCCGUCGACCGGUGUAAAGACGCCCGCGAAGCCGACCGUGCAGCAAUCGGGUCCGAGGAAGCUUCGGAUCAAGAACCUGCGCCCGUCGAACGAGAACUCUGCCACCGGGUACACCCAGACCACGUGGAAGUCCCUCGAUGUGGCAUUGAAAGCUAUCUAUGCACGCGAAAAGAUCCCCAUGAGCCUGGAGGAGCUGUAUAGGGGUGUCGAGAACGUGUGCAGGGCUGGCGGAGCCCACGAGCUUCACCAGCAGCUGCUCAAGAGCUGCGACGACUAUUUUUCCAAGGAGUUGAAGCCGAAGAUCGUUCAGAAUGUCGGAGCUGCGAAUAUCGAGGUCACUAGGGAACUGAUUGUCAAUUGGACGCAGUGGGAAAAACAGCUGAACACGAUUCGGUCGAUUUUUCUCUACCUGGAUCGUUCACACCUUUUCGCGGUACCAUCUCGCCAAUCGCUCGAAGCCAUGGGACUCCAGUUGUUCAGGAAGUACAUUGCCGAAGACGCGGUAUUGGGGAAGCGGUUUGUGUCUGGAGCACUAGAACUUUACGAUCAGGAUCGAUAUAGCGGUGGAUCCGAGUCUAUCAGUUCCGAGCUACUGACCUCUUCCAUCCGAAUGCUCACACACCUGGGAUUGUAUUCGGACAAAUUCGACAAGGAAUUCAUCAUCGCGUCUAAGCUCUGGUGGGCCCGGAUCGCUGAUGAGUCGUCCAAAAACGACCUCAAGACGUAUCUCGCCAUGUGCGCACGCCAGAUGGAGCUGGAGCGCGCCCGAUGCGAUCGAUUCCAUCUGGCGAUCACCACAAAGAGAGAGUCGAUGAGAGUGUUGGAGGAUGAAAUGAUCCGGAAGAAGGUGCCGCUGUUGACCGAUAAGGAUCAAGUAACGAGGUUGCUGGUGAACUGUGAUUUCGGGUCGUUACAGACGCUAUAUCAGCUUCUGGACCUGGUCAAAGAUCCAGGUGUGGAGUUGAAGCCAGCAUGGGAGUCGUACAUCUGUGACGAGGGCUCCAAGAUUAUUCGAGAUCCAAAGACAGAGUUGAUGGUCCCGAGACUGCUCGAUUUCAAGGGCACCCUUGAUGCCAUAUGGAUUGGCCCUCUGCAGAAGAAUACCCUGAUCGAGUACGCACUGAGGGACUCGUUCUCGCUGUUCAUCAAUAAGCGUGAAGAGGGCGCUUCCAUGAAGGAUAACUCGAAGCCGGCGGAAAUGGUGGCCAAGUACGUAGACAUGCUGCUUAGGCAAGGCGCAAGGGGACUGCCACCUGUUGCUGGUGCCAUCAAUCCAGAUAUGGCUAGGGAUGAGGAUGUAGCGCUGGCGUACCGUCUCGAACUGGUGCUGGAUCUGUUCAGAUUCAUCCAAGGAAAGGAUGUGUUUGAAGCCUUCUACAAGAAGGAUCUGGCCAGGCGGUUGCUCCUGGGCCGCAGUGCGAGUGUGGAUGCUGAGGGACUGAUGUUGACUAAGCUGAAGACGGAAUGCGGCUCCGGCUUCACCAACAAUCUCGAGGCGAUGUUCAAGGACAUGGAUCUGUCCAAAGAAUCCGUCAAGGCAUUCAAGCUCUCCAAGCUCGGCACCGAGAAAGCCCUGCAGCACGACAUACACGUUAGCAUCCUGUCGCAAGCUGCAUGGCCGACCUACCCCGAGGUCCCCGUCAACAUCCCGCCGCACCUCGCAGAGCACAUGGAGGCCUUCGCGCAGUUCUACGUGUCCAAACACAAGGGACGGAAGCUCACCUGGCGCCACGCACUAUCGCACUGCGUGCUCAAGGCGGAUUUCCCCAAGGGCAAGAAAGACCUCCUCCUGUCCGCCUUCCAAGCCGUGGUGCUGCUCUCCUUCAACGAAGCGCCCGCGUCUGGAAUCCUGACGUACAAGGACCUGUCCUCGUCUACCGGCCUGUCGGACCCCGAGCUACAGCGGACCCUUCAAUCCCUCGCGCUCGGCAAGCUUCGCGUUUUGAUAAAAUCCCCCAAAGGCCGUGACAUCGUCCCCACGGACAAGUUCAUCGUCAACGCCUCUUUUGAAUCCCCGCAGAUCCGCGUAAAGAUCAACCAAGUGCAGCUAAAGGAGACGCCACAGGAGAACAAGGAGACCCACGAACGCGUCGAACAGGACCGCCAGUACGAGACUCAGGCCGCCAUUAUCCGCAUCAUGAAGGCGAGAAGAAACAUCAGACAUGUCGAACUCGUUCAGCAGGUCAUCGAACAGACUAGGAAUAGGGGUACCCUUGAUGUCGGGCUUAUUAAAAAGAAUAUCGAUAGGCUCAUCGAGAAAGAAUACAUGGACCGCUCGGAUAACGAUAUGUACGUCUACGUUGCGUAAGGUAGCGUAGUCAUCGUAGUUUCAUCUUCAUCAUCGUCGUCGUGUUCCGUUCACUGGUCGUUCCCUGGUUGGUCGUUGGUCGUUGGGGUUGUUGGGGAGUUAGGCGUGUUCUUUAGUUGGCUUGUUGGCUUGGGUUCUUACGUCUCUGUUCUUCUAUCUGGCUCUGUUCUUCUGCCUCUGUCCUUCUAUCUAGCUGUGUCUCUGUCCUUGUAUCUGUUCUCUGUUCUUCUAUCUAUGGUUGUUUCUACAUAUGAGGUAGGCAGCAUACACUUGUCACGUUCACUUGCCACUUUCACCAUGUACUCUACAAUGUAGGUAGGCAAGUACAUGUUGACGAGUGCUUGACGAGUGAGAGAGAGAGAUCUUUCUGUUUUAUUUCGCAUACAGCCUAUCUAGACUACCUAUGGCGAAUGCUUGACGAGUGCAUGUUGGCGAGUG